CGCCGUCUACUCCACGGUAUUCUGUUUGUUAUUGCUGUACGCACAUCCAUAGCCAUAAGACCCGAUCCUGUGGCUGUCAUCCGAAUAUGGCUGCACAGAAAAUCAACGAAGCCCAUGAGCACAUCGCUAAAGCAGAGAAAUGCCUGAAGACGAGCAUGACCAAGUGGAAGCCAGACUUUGAUAGUGCUGCCACAGAAUAUUCAAAAGCAGCUGUGGCUUUCAAAAAUGCUAAACAGUUUGAACAAGCCAAGGAUGCGUAUCUGAAGGAAGCAGAGUACCACACAGAAAACAAAGCGCUUUUCCACGCCGCCAAAGCGUAUGAACAAGCGGGCAUGAUGCUGAAGGAUAUGAAGCGCAUGCCAGAGGCCAUCCAGCUGAUAGAGAAAGCCUGCGUCAUGUACGUGGAGAACGGCACAGCUGGGACCGCUGGCAUUGCACUGGACAGAGCGGGAAAACUCAUGGAACCAAUGGAUCUGGAGAAGGCUGUGGAUCUUUAUCAGAAAGCAGCAUAUGUGUUUGAGACUGAAGAUCGAUUGAGACAGGCUUCAGAGAUGCUGGGGAAAGCUUCAAGGCUGCUGGUCCGCCUUCGCAAGCUUGAUGAUGCAGCUGUCUCCCUCCAGAAAGAGAAGAACAUGUACAGAGACAUAGAAAAUUACCCCACUUGUUUCAAGAAAACAACUGCGCAGGUGUUGAUUCAUCUUCACAGAGCGGACUUUGUGGCUGCUGACAAGUGCGUCAGAGAAAGUUACAGUCUCCCGGGGUACAACACCAGUGAGGACUGCGUAGCCAUGGAGACCCUUCUACAGGGAUAUGACGAGCAGGAUGAAGACCAGGUGUAUCGUGUGUGCAACAGCCCUCUGCUCAAGUACAUGGAUAACGACUACGCCAAACUGGCUGUCAGUCUAAAGGUACCUGGAGGAGGCGGUGGCAAGAAGAAGAAGACCGCAGCACCACAGGGGGGCGCCGGAGGACCAGCUGCUGCAGCAGCAGAUGAUGAUGACUAUGAAGAAGGAGGCCUGUGUUAGCUAUUGGAUGCAACAAGUGUGUGUGUGUGUGUGUGUGUGUGUGUGUGUGUGUGUGUGUGUGUGUGUGUGUGUGUGUGUGUGUGUGUGUGUGUGUGUGUGUGUGUGUGUGUGUGUGUGUGUGUGUGUGUGUGUGUGUGUGUAUGUAUGUGUAUGUGCCUGCCUGUCUGUCUGUUCACGUGUGUUCAGUUUUAUCCUGCAUUUGUGUAAUUCCAUAUCAGCUACCGAAGUCACCCGCUCACCUCUAUCAAUUCUCUAUAACUAGGAGGAACUGGAAAAGGGACAAAUUAGUUAUACAAAACAGCACUAUGAACUCCUACACUGCUAGAUGUUUAAGCCUCAAGAGUAUUUGUUAAGAGGUACAGCAGGUUUUGCUGAAAUCAAUGUGUGUGAGUGAGUGUGUGUGUAUGUGUGUGUGUCAAUUAUUUAUGUAACGUUUCAAUCGUGUGUAGCAAUACAUUUUUUUUAUCAGGAAAAAAAGUGCAAUCAGUCUUAUGUUGUGCUGUAUCAGAAUUGUAAUUGUGUUAUUUAUUUAAGCUAUGCUAACUGUAUUUGGGUGUACUUAAAGUGAUAUUUAUUUUUAACUAAAUCGUUACGUAUGAAAGGUAUGGUUACAGUGUUAUCCCAAAUGUAGUCCAGAUUAAUGAUCUAUUGCAGUGUACAGUGUCACAGACUAGAUGUAUAUAUACACAAUGUAGUAUCAUAAAUGAUUUAGUGAGUUACACCAUUGUCAGUGGCUGCCACCUGUACAUUUGUAUAUCUGUAUCUGCCCAGGUCUUUAGUAAGCAUAUCGUGUGUUUGAUUAUGACACAGGGUGCGCGAUCACAAACACCUGUAGGUCGCAAGAGCUGUAGACGAUGGUGACAUUCGUCUACCUCAGGAAAUCUCUGUAUACGUCAUCGGUGCCCCCUGGUGGCUAAGAGCUUAGUGACAGGACUAUAUCAGUGCAGUCACCAUGGACUGUCCAACAUGUCGCCCCUGGUGAUUAUUCUACUAUGAAGAGGAGGGAGCUUAAGAAAUAAAAAUAAAAAUAAAGCAGCAUCUAUCAAAUGGUUUCUUGUUGUCCUAAUAGCAUUGAAUACAUAGUGAUUUGGGCGUACUUGCUAGGUAACCCUGGCUUUUGUUUUGCAGCUUGUUUUCAGAACAGAAAGCCUAGACUCCAGCGGUGAUGCUGCUUGAUUACAAGGGAGACCGCUGUAUUACUUAAUCCAUAUACUUUACCAGUGUUUUUUGCAGUGAUCAGUGACAAUGACACAUUGUUGGCUGUGUUGAAAGCUGUGUUGCUGUGUCUCUGUGCGGUCCAAACUGGUUCGUUAACCUCUCCAUACCACUCCUCUCUCCUGCGUAGUAGUGUAUACUCUGCACAUCACGUAAUUGCCUGUGUGGACGGGAGUGGACAGCCCUUGCCUGGGUGUUUAUGCAGGAGAAGGUCCAGCGGUGGUCCUAAUGUGCUGAUAUAUUUUUAAUGUGGUCCAGAGCCCUGGCUCCUCUAAGCUUCAUCAUUAAUGUAUGUGUGUGUGUGUGUGUGUGUGUGUGUGUGUGUGUGUGUGUGUUCUUCUCUUGUGGUGCUGCCUGACGUCUCCAGUCUUUGAUGUAGAAGUGCAUUAGUCAAGAGUGCUAUCUAUCGGAGCAGUGCCCGGCGGAGCAACAAAGUGACUAUUUGACCAAAUGUUUGCAACAGUGAGAGACAUGAACAGUGAUGUGUAGAAGGUCUUGGAGAUUUAAUGUUGUUUGGAAUUUCAACAUGCAGUCAGCCCAGUUUUUUCUUCCAUUCCAAGUGACAUAGUAACCUAUAGCAAAUUAAAGUAAAAUAUUUUCACUGUGGAAAAUGGAGGAUAAGGUAUUAAUGAUAGCGUUCACAUUCAUGACUAAAGGUUUAGAUAUUACUGUUGGUCAAUUAUCACUCUAGUUGGUAGGCAGCUGGU